AGACCCUCGUUGGUUUGGAAUGGACUCAUUCUAUGCUGUUUGUUCUCCAGUUCUAAAAAAAUUGUUACAUGAUGCAGAAAUUAAAGACCCCACCCAAACGAAGAGCCUCCUCAUAUCCGUUUGCUUCUUCACCUUCUGCUCUUGUGUCGAUGAUGGCUUCCCUCUUUCCCUGUCCCACUCUCUCUUCUAAAAUUGACUUCGUGGUUUCUCCACUAUCAGAAGCACGGACUCCUUAUCCUAAAUUCAAUGGUAGCACUUCUUUGGCCGCUAAAAAUUUCGGCACCUGCAAACUCUGUGCUGUCAGAAAUUCGCAUUCUCCAAGCUUUGUUCCAAUGGCUUCGGCCAGCAGAGAGCCCAUGGUUCCCCCUUACCGCGUUUUGAUAACAGGUUCAAGCAAAGGAAUUGGUUACGCAUUGGCAAAAGAAUUUCUAAGAGCUGGUGACUAUGUCGUAAUUUGCUCAAGAUCAAAUGAAAGGGUAGAAUCUGCUGUCCAGAGCUUAAGAGAAGAAUUUGGGGAGCAGCAUGUGUGGGGCACUAAGUGUGAUGUGAGAGAGGCAGAGGAUGUGAAGAAUUUAGUUGCAUUUGCCCAAGAAAAACUGAAAUACAUUGAUAUAUGGAUCAAUAAUGCAGGAUCAAAUGCAUAUAGCUACAAGCCUCUUGCGGAGGCAUCUGAUGAAGAUCUUAUUGAGGUAGUUACUACAAAUACGCUUGGUUUGAUGAUAUGUUGUCGAGAGGCAAUAAAGAUUAUGGCAAAUCAGCCACGCGGAGGUCAUAUUUUCAAUAUUGAUGGGGCAGGUUCAGAUGGAAGACCACUCCCAGGUGUUUUGAGUUUGCUCAAGUUUGCUGCAUAUGGAGCUACAAAGCGGAGCGUGGUGCAUUUAACAAAAUCAUUACAGGCAGAAUUACAAAUGCAGGACGUGAAAAAUGUUGCGGUGCAUAAUCUUUCGCCAGGGAUGGUCACUACUGAUCUUCUCAUGUCUGGUGCUACAACUAAACAGGUAAAGAAAACUCAUGUUACUUUCCCUAGGUCAUCUCAAGAGUUUUUUCUGUGUAUUUUGGACUCAAUUUUUGCUCUCCUAGAAUUCUUGUUCUGUAUUUAUUAUUUUAUUCCUGUGUUACAUGAUGAUAUGCAGGUUGCAGAAUUCCUGGUUCCAAACAUUAGAUCCACCAUUGCCAAUGGAUCAAUGAAGCCAUCUUACAUUAGAUUUCUCACUGGGGUUAAAGCAUAUUCUCAGAUAUUUUCACGAAUUGCAUUUGGUGCAAGAAGGAACCGAUACCUCCUUGAAGAUUGAUUAUCAGAAAACCAGGUUUCAUGUUCAAUUAUUUGUGUUUAGUUCUCCAUUCAAUAAACCAUUUAGCCUACAGUUAACUUUGAUUUCUAUUUUCUCCUUUGGGCUAGAUGUAAAAUUUAUCGUAGUUGAUGAAGAGAUGGAUAAUACCUGUGUGUUUGAGAGAGUAUACUAGCUGCAUGGUCUUUUGGUUGAUCUAUACACGUCUACAAUUUUAAUUUCCAUUUAUUCUGUUAUGGUACUGAGACAAUUUCAACCUUAAAAAUUGUAGAGAACUUGAUCUUAUGUUUUAACUCUUAAGUUAUGAUUACUGGUGAUAACAACAAAAUGGUCUUAGCUGCAGCAUAAGACAUUUACGUCGUGGCGUAUUUAUCGGUUGGUGAAAUGCAUUGCUUUGAUGAAAAAUGAUAUUUCUGGGGUUUUGAAGGUUGGGGCUCAAUAUUUUGGACUUCCAGCAGCUGCUAUUCUUGGGUAAUGAAGGAAGAACGCCAAGAAUGAGGUGGAGAAGUUAGGGUUUAAUGGGAGAUUAAUGAAUUGCAUCAAAAUCACCCCAAUUAAGCUUUCUUUUCCCUUUUAUCAUUUUGAUGUAUAGUCUGCUGAUUUUUGCUAUGUUCAGGACUAUGUUUGGCUGACCUCUCUUUAGUCUUAUAGGAAUUAUGAACUUAUUGAUGUGGAUUAGACUUGUUUUUAUUGAUUAUGCUCAAUGUUGAUUUUAUUUACUUAA